ACCAGGUCACUCUACAGAAAGUGAAGUUAUAUGUGCUAUGAGGAUCCUUGAGUGAAGUCAUACACUGGAGAUUCAGGUGGGGAACUCAGAGGAAUCCCAGUUGAUGACAGGCUUGUGCCCUGGUUUUCAGAACUCUUCAGUGCAGGGUGGGUUUGCAUUCAGCUCAGAUGCAUCUGCCCGUGCAGACAGUUUUACACUCACUGAUAACUCUCUUACUCAUAGAGGAAAUCUGAUCUGCUGCUGCACGGAAACAUCGGCGGUGACCACGGCGAGACAAAUUCCUUAGGGAGCUGCCUGUUUUUUAAGUCAAGUAUUCAUGAUACGAUCCAGCUGGCUUAUAAGGAUCAACAACCCCCUUGUGAAUAAUGGUUAAAAACGGAUCCCACCUGGAUGCUGAAACGCUAAUAAUGCUCCAGAAUAAAGCUAUCUCCAUCACCCUCCCAGUUGUGUAUACACUGGUGGCUAUGAUCAGUAUCCCUGGAAAUUUGUUCUCCCUUUGGGUGCUCUGCUUGCACAUCAAACCCAAAACACCUUCUGUGAUCUUCAUGAUCAACCUCAGCAUCACAGAUCUCAUGCUGGCCAGCUGCUUUCCUUUCCAGAUUUCUUAUCACAUCCAAAGCAAUCACUGGACCUUUGGCAAGACCCUUUGCAGCCUCGUGACUGUGAUGUUCUACUCCAACAUGUAUUCUUCCAUACUGACCAUGACCUGUAUCAGCAUUGAGCGGUACAUGGGAGUGGUAUACCCCAUGAAGUUGAUCAAGUGGAGAAGAAAAAGAUAUGCCCUGGCUGCCUGCCUAGGUAUGUGGAUUUUCUUGCUACUAGCUCUCUACCCACUGGAAAGCACAGAUCUGACCUAUGAAGUGAAAGAAUUGGAGAUUAUAACCUGUUUUGAUGUCCUAAAAUGGGAUAUGCUGCCCAACUUUGCUGCCUGGGUAGCCUUUCUCCUCACGCUGUUUGUCCUGCUCUUCCUGAUCCCUUUUGUUGUAACAGUUGGAUGCUACAUUGGCACCAUUCGGAAGCUUAUUCAGACAUCAAGCAGAUACGGCAACAGGCAGAAGACUAGAUCCAUAUACCUGGCAAUGAUAGUCCUUCUGGUGUUCAUCACUUGCUUCGCCCCCAAUAACUUUAUCCUACUUGCACAUAUGAUUGUCCGCCUAUUUUAUGACAGAAGUUUGUACCCUGCCUACAAGCUCACCUUGUGCCUCAGUUGCCUCAACAACUGCAUAGAUCCCUUCAUCUACUAUUUUGCAUCCAAAGAAUUCUACCAGAAAUUCAUGCAAGUGUUUCGCCCUAAGGUACUGCUCAGCGAUAGUUCGGAAACCAGAAGGGAAAGCUUAUUCUCUGGCAGGACAAUGUCAGCCAGGUCGAUGUCCAGUGGACCUAUGGAUGGGUUAGAGGGAGUAAAAGUCUACUUACAAAGGCAGGAAAGUGUUUUUUAGGCUUACACAUCCCCAGAAGCAAGGCAUCUGUGAGAUCCAUGAGCAGACACAGAGAGCAUUUCUUUUUUAAUGGCUACCCUCAAAAUACCUUGCUCCAGUGACAGAACUCAAGCCGUGCUUUUGUUGCACAUCCUGCUUCAGUAUCUUCUGGUAAGAAAUGGAAGUGUUAAAGGAAAUGAGUUCCUUCAAGAAGGUGCUGAAGUAAACCCAACAUUGAUAAUUAGGGUCUGGCCUGGAAUUAGUUCCACUGCAUAAAAGCAAGGGAAAAGUUUAGAAGAAAAAUUACUUUCAGAUUGCAUGAUCUCUGUUUAACCAAAAGCUUGUGAUUCUCAGUGAAUGUGAAAUAUUAUUGUACAUGAAUUAGAGCAUGCACUGAAGUUGGAUUUGAGGUUUGACUUUUCUAAGCAUUGUACUGGGGGUUUUGUUUGGUUGUUGGCUUAUUUUUAGUGUAUUGCUUAUUCUUUUGUUUUACUUCUAUAAAAGAAUAAGUAAAAACAGCUUGUCCUUUUACCAUUAAUGCAUAAGGCAUAAUCACUGUGCAUUCAUCACAACACUCACCCAACUGUUUAUGAGAAAGAAACCACACUAACCUUUGAGAAGGUUAGGUUGACUCAUAUUAUUUAUUCAAUUCUAUAUAGCAAAAUAUCUCAUACAAUGAAAGGAAAGCUAGAACUAACAAUGAGACUACUUAGCUGCUGAGUGGAUUAUAUUUUCAUAUCUUGAAGUUAUUAAUUUCUCAGGCCAUUGGGGAGCAGUUAAUGUAACAAAGCAUUUUCUCACUUUGACCUACUACAGUAACAAUGCUGCUGCUCAUAUGUGGUUGGUAUUGACAAGCCAUUUUCACCAGUUCACUGUAGGCUAUAUGCAGAAGCACCAUCCCCCUCAGCAGAGAAUUUAGUUUUAUACAGUGCAUGGACAGUGAGUUUAUCUUCCUUAUGGCAAUGGUGUGGAUUAUUUUUUGUUAGAUAUAUGAGAAUUAAACCACAACAUUGACUGCAGCGAUUCUGUGCCAUCAGAAACUAGCCAAAAACCUGUCCCUAUGGCCAGAUGCCAGAAACAUAUUUAUUUCAAGGAGACAAACAGAAAAAAGAAGAAAAAUGAAAGCAAGAUUUGAGAAUGGGAGAUGUAACAAAUACCGUGGAGAUAAGUUAUCACAGGUUGAUUGUGCAGUCUUGUGUUUGGGACUCUUCUCUGUUUUCAUACACUGUAAUGUUUUAAUUCUCGCAUCUCAACAACCACCUGUGUGCUUGGAAAGAUGACUGCUACAGAAUAUGUAUUGAGGACAGACAAAAGCAAAGUUUUUCCUGUAGUAUUUACAGCUUUUUACCUACCUUUGGUCCUCAUUGACAGCAAAGAGUCAAAACUCACCAGACAAGGCUGGACCAGUUUCCCCUCACAAGUGACAGAAAGGUAUAUAGUAUCCUUUUGCUGUGCUGCAAGUCCAUCCAAGGCUGAGGAGAAUGUUGUCUUCAACAUCAUGGAUAGUUGUUUCAGACAUCACAUGCUACGUCUGCCUUGAGCAGAUCUAUGCUGCUUUGUGAGCUCCCCUGCCUAUGUAUAAGAUGACACUCAAGGCCUUUAAAGGCUGUAUUUUUUCUCUAUGUGUGACAUGAUUAAAGAACAGUUUUCCACCACUAGUCACCAUUAAUUUCUUCAUGAUAGAGGCUGGAUAACCACAAAAUCAUCUGUGAGUUAUUUGCAUGCUCUAUCUUCUGCUAAACUGUGGUCAGUUAUUGAAGCAGGAUAAACAUGAGUGGACCAAGUACUACCUUUCAAAAAAACAUCUGAAAUAUUUUUUGGCCUUUCAGUGUCAUUUUUAAUUGAUCUGCACAUCUUCUGCCCACAAAACCAACCUUACUGAUAUGUAACCUACCCAAACCUCCCCAUCAACUUGCCUGUAGGUAAGCCUGUGUCCUGGUUGUCUGUGCGAUGAGAAGGGCUUGCUACUUGAAAUCACCUUGUGUGUGCUGAAGGAGAGGAGAUCACUGAGUAUGUUCCUGUGUGACUACUCUGAGCUCCUUUGUUAACUCUAGCAUAUGCUCCAAAAUGCCUUCUCGCACCAGAACCUCCAAAGAAAGAAGGAUGGCUAUUCCUAAGCCAUCCCCCAUCCAUCAGGCAGAAAUUCAGUUAGUUUACUUUUGUUUUGCAAGCCUGAAUAUUAAUUUAGCAGUACAGGGUUCCACUUUACUGUCCCUGCACCAUCUACUUUCGCACAACUCCAGCUUUUUCACUACCAAAACUGUUUUCAGUGUUUUGCUGUGGCAGAGAUGUUUUUGUAGGCUAUACUGAAAUAUCUCUUUUUAUUAUUAUUUUUUAAACAUGAAAAUAUUUUUACAGUGAAAAGCAUUACUUCUCCUAUCUCUACUGCAGAUUUUCACUCUGUUUUAUCUUUAAUGUGAUUCUGAAGCACUUGGUGCCUCCUAAAACAUGCUGCAAUAUACAUGAACUGUAACUGACAUCAAUUAGAGCCAAAAGAGCAGAAACUUUGCACUUUGCCCAUUAACUGCUAAAUUCUGAAAUAUAUUCAAUUGCUUCUUUUGCAAGAGAGAAAAGAUGCUCACAACUGACUGAAAAUGUGCUUCUCUCCAGCUUCAUAUAUCUCCUUGUAGCCCUUCACCUCUCUUUUGACAUUGCCUAAAAAGGAACAGGAAGGAUGCCUCAUUCAGUUACCUCUUCAUGUCAUUUUACUAAUUAGGCUCUAGUUAGCUCAGAUUAUGCAGAAUUCCCCUUUGGGUCAGCAGGAUUGUUCCUCAAGAAAGGAAUAUUAAAAUUAACCAAACAAUAGCAAUCUUUUUAGUCUGAUGGUGUAUACUGUGAAGUUUUGGAGUGGGUUAUUAGAGAGAAAGAGAAGAAAGUAUUUUUUAAAGUGUCCAAACAUAACGUUCUUUGACACUGGAAACAUGUCCUUCUGGGCCACCAUAAGGUGGCAAGAUUUCUAAACUUCUUGGUCAGUAGGUGUGAGUUGAGAUAUAUAUAUAUACAUGUAAAUAUACACACAUAAAUGUAGAUGGCCAUUUCAGAGGUUAUUGAGAAGUUCAUAUCUAUAUUGCCUUCGGUUUAGGAAUAUGGGCAACACGCUUAUUCAAUUGCCUCAGUGGUUAAUGUAAUUUUACUGAGAAGACAUGAAUGUAUAGGCUGUAGAAGACAUGAAUGUAUAGGCUUCUGUAUGGUUUUGAGGUUUGUUUUUUUAAAAAUAUCUUUAAUUAUUGUUUAGCAAUUUAAUCUAUGAAUGUGCUUGAACUUUUUUU